GUCAGGAAUUCGUAACCUGAGAUGGACCGCCGAAGGAGUACGAAAAGUAACUGGCUGAAGAAGGCGCCCCACAAGGACCCGCAGCGCCUGAGGGACAUGGCCAUCGCCAGGGUGCGCGGCGGCGUCAUGCUGGCCGCGACACGUGGCGUCGCUCCCACGUCCAAGGAGUUCACCAACAUGUGCCAGGUUCUGCGAGUGACCUUGCCUUUGGAGCUGCGGACCUUAGUGGUGCAGGACGUCGCCUCUUCGCAGGACGUCCACGACCAGCACACCUUCGUGACCUUACUUCUCCUCCACUUACUGACCGACGUCCAGCACAUUUCGCUCACGACCGACCUUAACACAGGGAGCUGGCUGAACCUCACACCCGACUAUUGUGCUUACCUGACGGAGGCGCUAUCGGGCAUCUCGCGCUCAAGCCUUCAGAGCCUCCACCUCGAGGGCGUGACCAUGGUGAAUGGGGUCAUGUCCGAGAUCCUGCACAGGUCGCCCCGCCUCUGCUCCAUCCACGUGGCCGGGGACGACGCCGCCGCGGAGGUCCUCUCCUUCAUCGCCAAGAACCCGCGGAGUCUCUACUCGCUCCAUCUGGACAUGUGUAGCGUCACCGACCUGGAGGUGGUCCAUGCCCUCGUCCGGAGCUACAACGAGGUGGGAUCCUGGGACAUCAACGGGGAUGCGGAUAUGGACAUCGAUGAGGCCUUCCCUCCCCUCUGCCAUCUCUCCGUGCAGUCCCCGCUGGUGACUGUUUGCGGCGCUGUUGUGCUGCUCCAUUCUCUGAGGAACCUCAAGAGCUUUCACUACAGCCACUGGAACUCUUCCCUCUACAACCUCCUCUCCUACGUCCAGCAGCAGUCCCCCAAGGCCGCUCCCUUUGGCCUGACGUCCCUCAGUCUCUGGCGAGCGACGUCCAAGGCCAUCGACACGCUCAGCUUGUGCCCUCGACUCCAGACCCUCAUGAUGGAGUGCACAGAUCCCUCACUCAGCGACCUGUCCUCCUUCUCCGACCUGUCCUGCUUGACCUCCCUCACCCUCCGGCUUGUGCCCGAGGACCUCAUUGUGUCCGCCGUCAAGGCUGUCGGGGUCAGACUGCAGACGCUGGAGAUCGAGUUCGAGGAGUACACCCGGACGCCAAUUACCUGGGCGACGGUUCGAGCAGUGCAGGACAAGUGCCCUCGCCUGCAGAGACUCGAACUGCACCAUCUGAACAUCGUAGGAACACCGGGCGACCUGGUGAGCCCAGCGCCAUCUUCUGUCCUCGUCGAACUCGUACAGCUGAACCUCUCCGGAGUGGUCAUCCCGCCAGGACUCAUGAGCAAGCUCUUCGUCAAGAACGUGGCUCUGGAGAGCCUCGUCCUUGACGUCAACCAGGACGCCCUGACAGACAACGUCCUGUCGAAGAUCCUCAAAAACAACGAGUUGGCUUUGCUCAAUUACGUGUACUUCAGCGCCGGUCUGCUCAGCCCGCACGGCAUCACUUCCCUCCUGACUCUGCCGUCGCUCAUUCGGCUGUCCCUCCACCUGCCCGGCUUCCCCUUCGUGCCGGCCUCGUCCCUCGUGUACCUGCAGUACCAGCUCGCGAAGGGCAACUACCAGUGCAGCGUCGAGAAUGCGGCGAAGGACGACUAGCCUCAGGCCAGCUCUACGAAAACCUUGCUAGAGAAAGUAUUCAAAACGUUGGACCCUCAUGACGCAUUUGUUGUAUAAUACAAACACUGUAUAUAGUAUCACACUCUUAUUUAAAAUAACAUAUAUUCGAAUUUUCAUACUUUUUGUACCUCUUUGUACUUUACAAAUAAAGCUAAAUAAUGAUAAA